AUUCAGAAACGAAGUCCUCACGGUUGGAUCGGCAAACAUUACACCAGCUAACCAUCACGUACCAACGGGACUGGUAUUAGGUAGAGUGUUUAGCAUUAUUGAGCACCUUAUUGUGGCGCUGGGAAACGCUCAACUGUUUCUUAAGAAGCGAUUCUAAAUCUACUUUAACUCGGAACAGCGGAACUACUGGACCGUUUUAUUGUAAAGCAGACGGUCAACAAAUACGCCAUAUUUGUUUGUGCUGUCAUCUUUACCGCUGCCGCAUUUCAAAUAUCUCACGUAGCCCUGAACAUCAUGGAUAGAAACUCCUGGACGAUAUUUUGUCUUUUGCUGGCGGUUGUAGCGGAAGUAUCUACACAAUGGAAUACAACACAGUCAGAAACAACAUUUCCGAGAACAACGCCAUUAGAUUCAACAACAGAAGUAACGACAGCAUCACCAUCAACACAGAAAACACCACCACCAUCAACGACAAAAACAACAACAACACCAACAACACCAACGCCACCCAAAAAUACUUCACAUACAAAUGAGACAACAACAUUUGAGUCGUCUACUAUUGAAUAUUCAACCCUGAACACUACGCAACCAGAACAAUCAACUAAUGCUACCAAAGGCACACUGAAAACCACAGAAAGCACUGACUAUCAUAAUUCAACCGUCACCGAAGAAUAUCUAUCUACCACUAAACCGGCAUCGGACGAGAGUACUCCAUUCAAUGAGGACGAAGAUGGCGAAAUAGUUUCCAAGUAUUUUAUUGCUGCACUUGUUGGUGCAGUUGUGGUUGUUAUAAUUAUUGCUGUUAUUCUGAUUGUUCUCUCAAGAAAACGCCUUGUCAGCAGCCGAUUUCGACGUCUUAUCGACGAUAAUGAAACUUUAACAAGAAACAUGGAACAUUAUGAUUUCGCUGGCGAUUCGGAACCCGCAGAGAUAUCAAUUAAUAGCGGCGGUGAUGCCAGGGUCACUAUAAUGGACGACGAUGAUGUAGUCGGGCGAGUCAGGUUCGAUGUAAGCCAGCACAGAGAUCAUCGCGGCGAUGGACGCGGAGAGUCCAAUGCUUAGCAUGUGAUACCAGUGGAUGCGUUAUACAUGUUAUAAUAAACAAAGCGGAGUCGACAUGUUUCGACGUCUAUAACAACGCUGAUUUCUUUCUUUAUAAUAAAACAAUUGAAAAUGAUAAUAAUAAACCAAUCAUCCAACCAUCGAAUUAAUUAUCGUUAAAGGGAUGAAAACGCACAAGUAGUAAUAAAUGGGGUCCGCAAUGCUACACAGAUUUUCACCUG